AUUUCUCCUGCAGUGUCCAAGUCUGGAAUAGUGGAAAGUCUCUUGUCAUGGGCAGAUUCUGGAAUAGUGUUUCCUGUGGUGAAUUCUUUGGUCAAUCGCCUGAUAAGGACUCGGAUAUUUGUGGGUUACGUGAGAUAAAUGAUCCGCCUAACAAACGGGAAGAAGGAUUAAAACUUCAGCAAGGUCAUUUAGAAGGAUCAACAAUUAUAUAUGUACCUACCAGAAAAGAAACAUUAAGCAUAUCAAAGUUUCUUUGCAAGUGUGGAGUGAAGGCUGCUGCUUAUAAUGCCAAGGUAACUAUUUUUGUACAUCUGUUUAAUUUGGAUUACCUAUCAUUCAUUAGUUUUUUUCAUUUUGGUAAUGGUUUUGUAACUCUCUUCCAGGCAAAGCAACCCUUUAGCCUUACUAGACUUCUGUCACUCCUAGUUUUCAAAAUUUGUAAAGUCUUAUAUCUCAUGAACGAUGAAAGUGGAAGCUGAAAGUUUUAUUCAAUAAGUGAUUAUUAACUUUAUAAAAUUGAUGCAUUCUCCUUGGGGCAACAGAAACACCAUUAUUAACUUUCAUGUUUUCAACCUCUGUGCUAAUUUUUUUUUGUGACUGGUAAUGUUGUCACAAAAGGGUAGUGAUGAGGUUGCAAACACUCUUAUACUGCCAGCUUUCUUCUAGUAUUUGAGGUCCUUUUUCCUGUUUGGUAUGCAAGUGAUUUAUGCUUUUUAUUUUCCCCAGUUGCCAAGAUCACAUCUGAGGCAGGUGCACAAUGAAUUUCAUGAAAAUGCCUUGCAGGUAUGGACUAUGAAACUUUUGUA